AUGAUGAUGAAGCUUCACCUGCUCGUGACAGGCCUUUGCUUCACAAUCGUUGCAAUGUCCUCUGUCGUCGCAGAGGUUCCGACACACCCUCCUGAUCGACAUGUGCGCUCUUCCACUCUUCCCCCUCAAGCUGUUUCUUCCCUUCACGCCUAUGGAUUCACGCUUCUCGAACCCGUCACCCCUUUCUCCCCUGAACCAGAAGUUGCGGAAGAACUGGAUGAGUAUGAUAAGGAAAAAGAGGAAACACUUCUGAAUGGAAUUGUCUCCUCUGCCGAGAGUCUCAUCGCGCAUCACAGCGACUACAACAGCGCGGUCCGUCGCUUCCGUCUCGCUUCAAUUCUCGGUCAUUCUGGUGCCGCCGCAACAAUAGGUGCAUUACUCAUGGCAGGGGAUACCCAUUUGAAGCGCGAUGUCGCCGCGGGUGUCGCUUCACUGCGCCGUGCAGCACAAGUUGGGCAACCAGAUGCUCUGGCAAUGCUCGGCUUUUUGCACGCCUCAGGCCUUGCUGAGAGACACGGCGUGCGCAAAGGCUUGGAUCAGGCACUGCUGUAUUGGACCAUUGCGGCUGAGACUGGAAACGUAUAUGCCAACUCUGCGCUGGGGUUCAGGUAUAUGCACGCCAUUGGGCUGAGAAGAGAUUACGAAACGGCGGCUCGUUACUACAAGCAGGCUGCUCGCGCGAUUGCGUUUGAUGGAAGGUAUUGGCCGACGCCGCAAAACUUCCAGUACGGUGAGAUUCCGUUGGCAUCAUCAUUGAUGAGCGUGGGGAGAACGAGGUUCAAGGAGGGGAUGUUUAAGGAAGGGCCUCCUGAGCCGACUGGGGACGACCACGAGGUCUAUCACUAUCACAGACAUCUCGCCGAAACUGGAGAUACGAAUUCUAUGACGCUACUUGGCAGCUUGCUUUUAACCGGCGGUCUCGGAAUGAGGGCAGAUCAUCAGCAAGCGAGGGAGCGUUUGCGCCAAGCUGCUGCUGCUGGUCAUGGGGAGGCUCAUGGGCUGAUGGGGCACCUUGCGCUACGUGAAGGUAAUUAUACUGCGGCCAUGACGCAUUUCCGGCACUCUGCAGCACGCGAAGACCGUAAUGGGCACUAUGCACUUGGGAUGAUUUUUCUGCAUGGGUUGGGUGGAAUGAAGAAGGACUUAUCCAAGGCAGCCAUGCAUUUUGAGUUGGCGGCGGAGCGCGAUCACGCGAAGGCUUCAUUUGAGCUAGGGUUGAUGUUUGACCAUGGGCAGGGACGGGACAAGAACGCAGAAAAGGCGAUGAAGCACUUUCAGGCGUCAGCCAAGCUCGGGAACAUACAGAGCAAGUUUUAUUUGGGUGUGCUUUUGUUUGAUAGACGGGCAGCCCCUGGAAGUGAAGGGAACGGCAGAGAGGCAUUGAGACUUUUCAAAGAAGUUGCAGAGGCGGGCGAGUGGAAUACUCUGUUCGAUCUGGCUCACAGUGCGUUUGAUCGGAAGGAUAUGUUUGGGUCCCUCUACAGACACUCGCAAGCUGCCCAUGCAGGUAUUGAACUUGGUCAGCACAAUGCAGCAAUGAUCUUGGAGAUGUCGAAGGAGGGAGAUAUGGCAGAACUAUCGCAUUGGAGCAGGGAACGGAUGAUCGCGGAGAUGCGGGAGCUGUACGAGAUGAGCGGAUUGCAAGGGCAUACGCAUUCGCACAUCCGGGCAGGGGAUGUGUCAUACCUUGAGAACAACGAUUUCUGGGGCGCGUUCAGGUCGUACAAUAACUCGGCGAACAUGGGCAAUGCCGAGGGAAUGUUCUCGGUUGGUAUGAUGCAUGCAAGGGGGGAAGGUGUGCAAAUGGAUCGUGAAAAGGCGAUGGAUGCACUAUUUAUGGUGACGAAAAAAGACUCCGGCUCUGUUGUUGCUGGAAAUGUGGCAAUCGUGGGUUUGAGAUUGCAAUGGUGGCUGGGUGAUUUAUGGGAAUGGUGGACGAAGGUAUGGGAUAAGACAGCUCCCCGACAAAAUGAAGAAACGAGUAUUUCAGGGGACGAGAGUGGCACUUCAGAAGACGGGAGCGGAAAGUUAUCAGCUUCUCGAGCCGUGAAAGACAGGACGACAGUUGGUGACGACCUGGCGCUGGUGGGCGGGUUGCUAGCAAUCCUUGUGACAGUGUUGCUAGUACGAAGUAAGAGAUUAGCGCGGCAAAACGGGGAUAGCGGUCGGGUGGGGAUGGUGAGCCAUGUGGUGAUGGGGGUGCAUUGA